CGUCGCGUGGUCUCUUCUGUUCUUCGUCAUCGCCGUUGAUUUCUUCGGAAGCUUGCUAUCUAGUAGUGUGUCGUUGACCAUCGUGGCGGCCGCUCUUUGCUGCCUCCGUUUGCGAGGUUUUCUUCUCUUUUCCUUUUCUUUUUCUCUAUCUCUUCUCUAUAUUUCUCCCUCCCCCCCCCCUCUCUCUCUCUCUCGCGCGCGCGUUUUUCUUCAUCGAUAUCUUGUUUCUCCAAUUUCACGUUUGCUAUCGAAACUCAUGACUCUCUAGUGCCAUUGCGACUCGGAGAAUCUUGGUGAUCGAUCGAAUUGUCGAAAGGAGCAGAAGAAAGUCGUCAUGUGUUUGUCGAUGUUGCUGGUGAGGUCCGGCAGGCUCGGACAAUGCGGAAGGAGAUUUGCCUCGUCGUCGACGGGACUGAGAUUACCGGAUCAAACCGGCAAUCGAGUGGAGCUGCGAAGGGAGCUGCAAACCUCCGAAAGACCGCGACGAGCGACGACCUUCAACGAUCGCAGCCAGCUGAAGUACGCUCGUCGAUUGGUCGUCAAACUCGGAAGCGCGGUGAUCACGAGAGAGGACGAGCACGGUCUGGCCCUUGGUCGUUUGGCCUCCAUCGUCGAGCAAGUGGCCGAGUGCCAGAACGAAGGUCGAGAAUGCAUCAUGGUGACCAGCGGAGCCGUUGCCUUCGGCAAGCAGAAACUCACGCAAGAGUUGCUCAUGUCUCUGUCGAUGCGAGAGACACUUAGCCCGGCGGACCAUACGCGCGAACAUGCCGGAACGCUUUUGGAACCUAGAGCGGCAGCGGCCGUGGGUCAGUCCGGGCUCAUGUCUCUCUACGACGCCAUGUUUGCUCAAUACGGCGUGAAGCUGGCUCAGGUGUUGGUAACGAAGCCAGACUUUUACAACGAGGAGACCAGAAAGAAUCUGUUCAGCACGUUGAGCGAAUUGAUCAGUCUGAACAUAGUGCCGAUCAUCAAUACGAACGACGCGGUCUCGCCACCGCCUCACGUAGACGAGGAAGUCGCCGGGGGAGGCGGAAGAAGAGGAAUAUCCAUCAAGGACAACGACUCUUUGGCGGCGAUGUUGGCGGCAGAGGUUCAGGCCGAUCUGCUCAUUUUGAUGAGCGACGUCGACGGUAUUUACAAUCUUCCCCCGUGGCAGGACGGCGCUAAGAUGUUGCACACCUUCAGUUCGGACUUGAGAGGCACCAUAAAGUUCGGACAAAAGUCUAAAGUCGGUACAGGUGGUAUGGAUUCGAAAGUAAAUGCUGCCCUUUGGGCUCUGGACCGUGCGGUCUCGGUGGUUAUCUGCAACGGCACCCAGGAGAAGGCGAUCAAGAGCAUCAUGUCGGGUAGAAAGAUCGGCACGUUCUUCACGGAGACAACAGGCGCCUCGACGCCCGUCGAGGUCGUCGCUGAAAAUGCGCGCGUUGCCAGUAGAACGUUGCAAGCUCUCCGACCGGCCGAACGAGCUAGCUGCAUCAACGUUCUGGCGGACUUACUGGAGUCGCGGCAGAAAGAAAUCUUAGAGGCGAACGCUAAGGAUCUCGAGGCCGCGAGCAAGACCGGUCUUGCGAAAGCGUUGCUCUCGCGACUAUCUCUUACGUCGGCUAAACUGAAGUCUUUGAGCGCGGGUCUACGACAAAUAGCGGAGGACUCUUUGGACAACGUUGGUCGUGUCUUGAGAAGAACCAAGCUGGCCGAAGGAUUGGAACUCAAACAGAUAACCGUACCGAUCGGCGUCCUUCUCGUUAUAUUCGAAUCGAGGCCCGACAGCUUGCCGCAGGUAGCGGCCCUGGCAAUAUCCAGCGCGAACGGACUCCUCCUGAAGGGUGGAAAAGAAGCUACCAACAGUAACAAGUACCUGAUGGAAUUGGUGAAGGAAGCGCUCGGCACGGUGGGCGCCUCCAACGCGAUAUCUCUCGUAUCGACGAGAGAGGACGUAAGCGACCUGUUGUCGAUGGAAAAACACAUCGAUCUGAUCAUACCACGCGGCAGCUCCGAUCUCGUACGUACCAUCCAAGAACAGUCGAAGCAUAUACCGGUACUCGGUCACGCCGAGGGUAUCUGUCACGUUUACGUCGAUAAACAGGCCGAUCUAGGUAAGGCGCUCAAAAUCGUGAGAGACUCCAAGUGCGAUUAUCCGGCAGCUUGCAACGCCAUGGAAACUUUGCUAAUCCACGAGAGCCACAUGAACGGACCCUUCUUUACGGACGUGUGUAACAUGUUGCAAAAGGAGGGCGUGAAGAUCUACUCGGGGCCGAAGUUGAGACAGUUAUUGACGUUCGGGCCGCCUGCCGCGAAGAGUAUGAGAACCGAGUACGGUUCUCUCGAGUGUACGAUCGAGGUAGUCUCCGACGUCGAAGACGCUAUAACUCACAUCUACAAGUACGGGAGCGCGCAUACGGACGUGAUCGUUACGGAGGACAACGAGAAAGCGGUGCACUUUCAAAGGGAGGUCGACAGCGCUUGCGUUUUCCAUAACGCGAGCACCAGAUUCUCCGAUGGUUAUAGAUUUGGCCUUGGUGCGGAGGUCGGCAUAUCCACGGCUCGAAUUCACGCACGCGGCCCGGUAGGAGUAGACGGUCUCUUGACAACGAAGUGGAUUUUGCACGGAGACGGACACGCCGCGGCAGACUUCGCCGAAGGCGGUAACAAGAGUUGGUUGCAUCAACCCUUGCCUUUGAACGAGUGUCAAUGAAUCGAGGACGACGAAGUACGAAGCUCGAACGGAAACGUCGUCGACUUUUUUCGAACGAUCCUUCGUAGCGCGAUCGAUAGGAAAGAUCACUUUCUAUCGUACGUUCGAUUUUCGUACUUUGUUCCUCGACGGUUGCGAAGCAAGAGAAAAAGCUGAAAAGAAGAAUUCAUAUUAGGGAAAGGCUGAGAUAGGAGGAUUUUUCAAAACCAAUUUCACGAGUCGAUCGCAAGUUUCGAUGCGACGAGGAGUGCUUGAACUAUAAUCUUCUUUCUCCCCCCCCCCUUCCUCUCUCUCUUGUAUAUAAUGUAAAUAAAAUUAUAGCUAAUUAAGCUGAUUAUUACGAAUAAAACGAGCGAUCGCGUAGAGUCUGAACCGUGGUCGUUAGCUAAACUUGACUCCACGGUUAUUCCCCGUUGCAAUGAAAAAGUUCGUUAAUAACGCAACGGUAUCGAGGAUUACAAAUUUUCAGCGACUUUCGAGGAACUCUACCGCUGGCUCGAGCAGAGAGAAAGUUGCUUCCACCAACUUCUUUUCUAUUCUUAUUCGUUUUACGCUUUUCUUCGGGAUUAUUACGUCGACGACCUCCUCGCGCUAACUCUGCUCGCUCUUAUUAGUAUUCUUUUCUGAAACUUUUGAAAAUUAUCGUUGUUAGCCGCGAGAUAUGUGGAUGCGCGUGAACGAUUAGGUCGAUCGACGUAGAACGGACGUCGUAUGCCUGUAUCUUGUGUCGCGUUAAAAAGAAAUAAAAGGGGGGGGGGAGAAGAAAACGUUUGACGAGAACCAUUCGUUACUCGUUAAAAGUAUCGACUGAUAAUGCAAUUGCGAUAUUACGUAAAUAGAUGAUUCGCCUUGAAUAUCUCGAACGGCUUUAACGCGCAUAAGCAAAUAUUUGCAUAAAUUGCCUUUUAUCAGGGAUCGACGUUAAGUCAGAUACGACGGCCGUUCGAAGACGCAUCACAACGACGGUGCAGGGUCCAAUAGGUUCCUCCUAGAUAAUGCAACAAGGCAAAAUAUAUUUUCUACGUCGAAUGAUAUACGAGAUCGGAAGCGUUUUAUCAAAGUCUUAUCCGAUGCGAGCAGAACGUUGCGUCCGGCGUCGACUGGUCAAGAUUAAAAAAUUUCUUUUAAAGAAGGACACGCAACGCGAUACACUCGUCGAUCAAAUGAUUUCGACGCGACGAAUUAAGAAAAGCUGUUACGCGCGUAAAGACGUUUUUAUUACUUACAUAUAUCGACACAAUACAAAUAAUGAUUUCUUUUGCUUUCUUUC